ACGUAAUGUGUGUUUGAAAAGUGAAUUGACAUAAAAUGAGACGAUUUAGUCGUUAUAACAGUCAUUGAAACUCAAUUCAGAGCAUAUUUUUUCAUAUGAUUUGUAAACUAUUUUUGUUACUAAUUAUUACAAACACUUGUUUGACAUCCGUUUGCGACACAUAUUAAACAAUUGUAUGUUUCGACACAUCAUAUGAUAAACCAAUUGUAAUAUUCAUUACAUAGAGUGAGACAUAAGGAGAGACACAGUGUGUGAGCGAAAGGGUGUGCCAUAACUCACAACAACAACAACUAAAUCGACCUCCGCUAGUGAUCGGCAAAGAGAGCUGUUUUUCGGCCAAAAUCUGGACUCCGCUGAUAAGAAGCCGUUGACCACCGCUUCCGCCACCACUUCGUCGCCAGUGAUGUCAUCGAUGUCUUCGCGCAAACCCAAGGGUAGGGCCGCCACCAAAAAGCGGGCGCAAAGGGCCACCAGUAAUGUGUUCGCCAUGUUUGACCAGGCGCAAAUCCAAGAGUUCAAAGAGGCGUUCAAUAUGAUAGACCAGAAUCGGGACGGUUUCAUCGAUAAGGAGGAUCUGCACGACAUGUUGGCCUCAUUGGGCAAGAAUCCGGAGGACCAAUACCUCGAGGGUAUGAUGAAUGAGGCCCCGGGACCCAUCAACUUCACCAUGUUUUUGACACUCUUUGGCGAACGACUUCAGGGCACAGACCCCGAAGAGGUGAUCAAAAACGCGUUCAACUGUUUCGAUGAGGACAACAGCGGUGUCAUCCACGAGGAGAGGCUCCGCGAACUGCUCACCACAAUUGGCGAACGAUUCUCCGACGAAGACGUGGACGACAUGUAUAGAGAGGCGCCGAUCGAUAAGAACGGAAUGUUUGAUUACCUGGAGUUCACUCGUAUCCUAAAACACGGCGCCAAAGAUAAAGACGACCAGUGAUUGAUUGAAUGCCUUAACCGAUGGAUCCAUUAGUUAUGUCUUAUAGUGGUGUCCGAUAUUUGCCGCCAAACUAUUGGUGUUUUGUGUACUUCUUUCGCAAACACAUCACUUAUUUCUCGCACUUUAAUUGCUUUUAUGGUAUUUAUUAUGAAUUUUAUUAUAUUAUUAUAUAAACUGUUUGUAUACAACAAUUAAACCGCAAUUUUAUAUGUAUUUUUGAACACAAAUUACUAAUAAAUUUAUACUUUAAAAUGAA